AUGGAAAUGUUGUAGAAACAAUUAAUUAACUACAUAUAUGAGGAAAGAAACAUUGGAGGAGGAUAAUUCAGUGAAGUGUUUUUGGGAUAUGAAAUAUAUACAAAAGAGAAAGUAGCAAUAAAAGUACUAAUACAUUGAGUUAAGCAAAUCGACUGUUCACGAAUGAGAGAUUAAGUAAUGAUACAGAUGAUGAGAAAUGAGAUUGGAAUUCUUAAAAUUAUACCUAAAUAGUAAAACAUUCUGAAAUUAUAUGAUGUAUUUCAAAAUAAUUAACUCGUUUACAUAAUUACUGAGUAUUGCAAUCAAGGUAUAAACUGUCAAUUUAAUCAAAGGGGACUUACAAUAGUUUAUUUAGAAACAUUAAAUAACUGAAGAUAUAGCAAUUGAUUUAAUCACCCAUGUAUUGAAUGGUCUUUAACAUUGCAAGAAUAAUUGUAAGUAUUGAUCAUAAGAAUUUAAGAUAUUAUUCAUAGAGACAUUAAACCUGCAAAUAUAUUUAUGAGUAAUGGAAUACCUAAAUUGGCAGAUUUUGGAUUUGCUCUAUGUAAAAAUGUUUAAAAUGGAGUUGAAAUACAAAAUUAUAAUGUAGGUACUCCUAUGUAUAUGGCUCCAGAAACAUUAUUGAAUAAUCAUUAUAGUUUUAAAAGUGAUUUAUGGUCAGCUGGAGUAGUUUUAUAUGAAAUGAUAUUUGGAUAAUAGCCAUUUAGAUCACAAACAGAACCAGAAUUAGUUUAAAAACUUAGAAUUUAUUAAUAGAAUGGUUUACUUUAUUAUCCAUUUUAAUGUUCUCGGUUUUUAGAUAUUCUGAUAUAGAAUAUGCUUUAAUGUGAUAAAUAAUUGAGAUGGUCAGUUGAAUAAUGUUUGGAUUAUUUAAGAUAGAGAACUUAAUAAAGAAUGAUAACAAGUCAAAAAUAUAUACCUUAAUAAUCUUAACAUGCUAGAAGUGUUACUCCAAUUUAAAUAGUUUAAUAAUAAUAAUAAUAAUAAUAAUAAUAAUAAUAAUAAUAAUAAUAAUAAUAAUAAUAAUAAUAUUAGUAAUAAUAAUAAUUGUUAUAAUAAUAGCUGUUAUUAUAAUAAUAAUAGAAAUCAAUAUUACCUAUUUAAUAUUAAUAAUAAUUCAAAAUUUAAUAAUAUCCAAUCUAAGUUAAUACCAGUCAAUAAUUAUCUUAACUUCCUAUGUAAAAACAAAUCAUUUAAUAAUAAUAAUAUUUACAUUUUUCAAAUCCCUCUCCCCAUUCCAGCAGAGAAACUCCUUAAUAAUUUAAUGGAAUAAAAACAACUCAAGAAAUUUCUUAUCUACCUAUGAGAUUCCCAUCAGUAUAGAGAGAAAGAAAUACAACAUUAUAAGAUGAAUCACAACGGAGUAAUGUAGAACCUAAUCAACAAAAUAAACAUAAACAUAGUUAAUAGUUUGGCAAUUUACUGUAUAAAAUUGCAAAGCUUUUUAUUAAUACAUAAUAUUUUGAAUAAUUCAGUUUAGGUAAAAUGUAUACAAGAACCGAAUGCAUGUUUUUGCAACUUAAAAUAUAAUUCUGUCUAUUAUAAUGUUGCAUUCAAAUAGUAUAUUCAAAAUUAUAUAAUUUAGUUUUAACAUUCUAAUCCUUGUUUACCUGAAUGCUAAGUCAGAUUAUUAAAUGUUAAAUAAACAAUACUCUAAAUGCCUGAUUAAUAUAUCCAAGAUCCUAGAUUUAUGUCAUUAUUUAAUAACAACUGGGUUUUGGAGAAUAUUUUAGAACAAUUGAGAGAAUAUAACUAUGUAGCCAUACAUUUAAUUAAUGAUUACUUACAUAAAGAUUGCAGCUAUCCAUAAUUGAUAGUAAUAUUAGAUUAUUUGGUUAUUCUACAAUAACUAUUGAAACGCUUUGCUGCUAGUCUUACAUGGAUGGAAUUUGAUAAGAGAAACAAUAUUGCUGCUAUAGUACAGGCAACAAUUAAUCCAAAUCCAAAUUAACUUUAAUGGAUGAAUAUUUGCAAUAUAAUACAGAGAGAUAUUGUUAAAUGA